AUGAUCAUCCAGAUUUUGAUUGCUCUCGGAACAAUCCUUCUCUUCCUCCUCUCCAUUCCUCUUGUUCGAUAUAUAUACCUUAACGUCCUCAUACCAUUGAUCACCUGCUCUUCAUUGGUCUUGAUCUCGAUCGUCGUCUUCUAUCCUAUCUACUUCAUAUACAUCAACUCACCUUACGUCCCCCAGCUCGUCAAUGAUUCCAAGGUAUACGUGUUGACGUUACCUCGAAAAUGGUUGUGGAAUAUGGAAUUUUACCUUCAUAUAAGGACGAGAGAUAUUUAUCCCAAUUCAACAGAUCAAGGUCCGCCAUACCCUUUAAACCACCCUCAUCCGGAACCUUACAAUAGAAUCAGCAUGAUAAGGAAAUUAUGUUGGUUAUGGAUCAAACAAUCCGUUUGGGAUUUAUUCGGUAUUCCUUAUGGGUAUUAUGCUGAGCAAAAUAAACAAUUCCAACUUGAAACAAAGGAGAGACAAAAGGAAUUGGGACUCGGUGAUAAGACUUCUGGUAAAUUCACUUUUGGGCUCGGCAUGGGUGCUUGGAGACAUCAAUACAACCCAGGUCGUUCUGGCGAGAACUCUGACAACGACACGGAUACUGCUUAUCAUGUAUACGACGAUCGAUUUGGUCCAAACAAUCAAUAUAGUUAUAACAACUUCACUUCGCCACCUCCUUAUGACAAUGACACCCAUUUCAACGGAUAUUACACUCAAGCUAAAGUGUGUUCAUGCACAACAACAUGUCCCAUCCACACCGCCCGAUAUACCUUGCAAAUCGAUACUCUACUUCCUACAGGCACAAUCGUAAUUCCUCCACCUGAAUAUGAGGAAAAUCAUGCUCGUGUUCAACCAUCGAUGGCAAAUGAUCCUUUGUACAAUCGGAUCACGCAAUUUGCGAAUACCCCUCCUCACACUUUUUCAAGACAAGAUUACUGA